AUGGGCUAUGGUGAUGCGCGGUAUUUAUCAUUAUCCCUCUUCGCCAAAUGGUGGAGCACACAGAUUCCGGAGCACCCCCGAGAUAGACAUGAGAUCAAUAUUAGGCGCGCAAUCAAUGCCCGCCGCAUCAUGUCCAAUGAUUUAUCCUGGCUCUCUGCGGAUACUCCCGGAACGUUCUUGCCGGAGCUCAUUUGGUACCCUAAUACCUUGGACAUGACGAUCUAUGAGAGGCUUGCUCACAUGAGACCAGAUAUGUUUGAAGAAUGUUAUACACAUACGUGGGAUGAUUUGCUGCGCACUGCACCCGAGCUUUGCAGGGAACAAUUCGCACACGAUUUUAGCAAGGCCGAUUCCAACCUCAAAAACCCUAAGCUGUGGUGGCUGACCAAACAUGCGAGCCAUGCAUUGCGGAUAGAAGCCGCUGCCUCCCCGAACAAUCACUUCCAAAACUGCAUUUCUGAGUCUGUACCUAACGCUGGUGACAAAUUGGGGCACUGGCACAAUCCUCCGACCAUCUUUUUCCAUGACCCCGUCCGCCCCGGAGCGUGUGAAUGUCCGUAUAAUGGAAUGGAUUGUGGUCUUGGUGAGGGCAUGGACCUUUGUUUGUUUCUCGGUGAUGCCCUGUCAAAGGAGACCUGGAAAACGAAAAUCCUGGAUGAGGGAUGCACAACAGCCAGUCUUCAGGAAGUGUGGGACUUGUCACAUGAGAACAAAAAUCAAACAUGA